CUGUUUUCUGGCAGCACGCGAAUAUGGAAUGACAUUGUUGUUGUCGUUUUACUGCAUAGAAAUAAUGUAAACAAUGUAAUUUUACGUCUUUAUUAUUCAAUAGAAAUGUAUACAGUUUCUGUUUAGCUCGAAUGCACGUGUAUGCAUCUGGAUAUUUCUGUGCAUCCUUCUAUGGCAUAAACAUGCAUCAGUACAUAUACGUUUUGCUUUUUUCCACCGUGCAUGUACUGGCGGCGGAAUCGUAUUUUGCCAAAGUCGACGGUGCCCCUCCUACAAAAAUAGCUGUUAUCGGUGCUGGAAUUGGAGGAACCGCCACAGCUCAUUUCCUGAGGCAACAUUUCGGACCGGAAGUGAGAAUUGAUGUCUUUGAGAAGAAUUCAGUUGGUGGUCGUCUGGCUACAGUCACUGUAAACCACCAGGAUUAUGAGUCCGGCGGAUCCAUCAUUCAUUCUCUCAAUUUGCACAUGCAGGACUUUGUCCAGCAACUGGGGCUGAAGUACCGCAAGAGCGUAGCUGGGAAAACGGCGGUGUUCAAUGGAGAAGAGUUCAUCCUGUCGGAAUCCGAUUGGUACCUGCUGGAUUUGUUUCGAUUGUGGUGGCGUUAUGGGAUCAGCUUCAUCCGCCUGCAGAUGUGGGUGGAGGAGAUCAUGGAGAAAUUUAUGAGGAUCUAUAAAUACCAGGCCCAUGGCUAUGCCUUCAGUUCAGUAGAAGAGUUGCUGCACUCUCUGGGAGGUUCAGGAUUUAUCAACAUGACCCGUCGCUCUCUUUCAGAGUCUCUGUUAGAAUUAGGUGUCUCCCAGCGCUUCAUUGAUGAGGUCAUAGCCCCAAUAAUGAGAGUCAACUAUGGCCAGAACAUCAGCAUCCCGGCGUUUGUGGGUGCCGUGUCGUUGGCUGGUGCUCAGACUAAUCUGUGGGCUGUAGAGGGAGGAAACAAGCUGGUUUGCUCUGGGCUCCUAAAACUAGCAAAGGCUAAUCUCAUCCAGAGUCAGGUUACAACCAUUCAACUCCAAUCAAAAGGAGAUUACCACCAAUAUGAGCUCACCUACAACUCUCAAAAUGAAAAGACAAUGGAGGUUUAUGACAUUGUAGUAGUAGCAACACCUCUCCAGCAAAAUGUCGAAUCAGGCAUCUCAUUUCAGGGCUUUGAGACAGACCUACCAGAAAUGCCAGGCUCCUAUCACAAAACUGUGGCCUCAAUCGUCCAUGGCUACCUGAAUUGUUCCUUUUUUGGCUUCCCUGACCCUAAGCUUUUCCCGUUUUCCAGCGUACUUACCAGAGACACCCAUGGAGUGUUCUUCAACAGUGCGGCAAGCAUCUGUCCCGUCAACAUAACCUCAGGCUUCCGGCGCAAACAGCCCCAGGAGGCCGGAGUUUACAAGGUCUUUUCUCCAAAACCUUUGGAGAAGAACGAACUGAAGACACUUUUUAAGUCUUACUAUUCAGUACAGGUCACGGAAUGGCUGGCAUACCCUCAGUAUGGGAGCACCCAGGGGUUGCCACCAGUGGUACUGCAUGAUGGUUUGUAUUACCUUAAUGGCAUUGAAUGGGCUGCGAGUGCAAUGGAGAUGAGCUCUGUGGCAGCUAAAAACAUAGCACUGUUGGCUUAUCACCGCUGGAACAGACAAGUUGAAAUGAUUGACCAGAAAGACCUGAUGCACAAGGUCAAGACAGAACUCUGACACGUUCUUCAAUGUUAUGAGGACAGUACUGGCAAAUCUAGAUAAAGUAAGCAAUGUCAUGUCUUGUAGCCAUCUGCAGUUUAACACUACAUAACUACUUAGUACUUACACUGGUUUAUGUUUUACACUGUCCAUCGGUUAAAGUAGUGAAGGAGAGCAGAUUAAAAUGUGAGAUCCAAAUGCAAGAUGUUGGGACUGUUGUAGUCUUAAGUGGGGAAAGUGAUCACCAAGGCCAAAUGUUUGAAACAUGAUCAGGAUGUUGUAACGCGUGUGAUGUGUUCUCCGUGACUGACUGACGUGAAGGGAUAGUUCACCGAAAAAUGAAAAAUCUGUCAUCAUUUACUCACCCUCGAGUUGUCCAAACCUGUAUAAAUGUCUUUUGUUCUGCUGAAUACAAAUUGAGAUAUUUUGAAAACCGUUAAUAACCAAACACAUCUGGGGCACCAUUCACUUCCAUAGUAUUAUUCUUUUUUCCUGGAAAUUUUGUGGAAGUCAAUGGUGCUCCCGAUUCGGUUUGGUUAUUAAAGAUGCCGUAAAAUGGAAAAUUGUAUUUACCUUGGCAUAGAUGAAUAAUAAGAGUUCUAUACGAUGGUAAUGACAUAACCUGAGCCUCAAACACGAUUGUUUCCUCCUAAUUUAAACCGCGUGCAUUCAAAAGACAGCUGGAAAACAGACCAAUCUCAACAUAAAACCAACUGUGACGUUAAAGUCGAAAUGUACGCCCUAACAUGUAUGUAAAUUUUUAUAUAAAAACAAUGUUGACACAAAGCUGAAAACAAAGUUGUGACUGUUGAGUUACCACCUAUAUGCUAGUUAAUGCUAUAUGCUAACGUUUAGGCUUAAGUUCUGCUAUUGACUUUACAGUUACUUUUGAAGGUCCACACUGAAUUUUU